AUGCCUACUGAAAUACGCACGUUGCACGUAUUACAUCUAGUAUAUAAUUAUUGUUGUAAGUGCUUGCAAGCUGUAGGAAGUGGGUACCGUAAUAAUACUGUAUUUAUAACAAACGCAUUAUAAUAAUGUUUAGUUCAAACAAAUACAGAGUAUGCGGGAACCGUUAAAAGCGAGUACCCGACGGCUACCGACGCGCAGGCACCGCAGUCGGUGGUCGCCGCCAUGCCGUCCGCGCGCGAACACCAUCAUCAGCAACAACCACCGCCGCCACCGACGCCGGCCACUGCCACGCCGGUGCUCACAGUACUUCAGUACCAGCGGCCGCGUACGUACACUAGUACCGGAGUGGCCCUGUCGUUGCCGCCAAAGAAGAAGGACAUAUACCGGCCCUAUUCGCUGGACGACCACAAGCCGAUCAAAUGGCCGCGACCCGAGGAGGAUAUUAAUGCCGCGCAGGCCAUACUCGACCUCAGCGCAUCGACACCAGUGGUCGUUUGCCGGCCGCCGCCUCAACAACUGCAACCACCACCGCCGCCGCCACCACCACCGCCGGCCACUCAACAACAUCUACAACCACCGCCACCACCAACUGCACCUCUUCAACAACUGACACCGCCACAACAAGAACAACAACAACAGCAAAUAGUGCACGUCAUACCGGUGGCCGCCAAACAGCAACCGGCCGAACAACUACAGCAACUGCGCCCGCCCCCGCCCGCCAUUCCGUUGCCGGUGACCACCACCGCGGCCACCAGCAAAACGGUUGCGUACACGUACGAGGCGUUUUUCGUCAGCGACGGCCGGUCGAAACGCAAAUCAUCGGCGGCCGCCGCAGCCGCCGCGUCAUCUUCGUCGGCCUCAUCCGCGUCAGGCGACGAGUGCGUCGUCGGCGACAAGUCGUCCGGCGGCGCGGCAACCGCCAUCGGCGCCGACAUUAGCGCCGCGUCGCCCGGCCGACCGUCCAAGUACACGUGCUCCGAGUGCGGAAAACGGUAUGCCACGUCGUCGAACCUGUCCCGGCACAAGCAGACGCACCGGAGCCUGGACUCGCAGUCGGCCAAGCGGUGCAACGUGUGCGGAAAGCCGUACGUCAGCAUGCCCGCGCUCGCCAUGCACCAGCUAACGCACAAGCUGACGCACGCGUGCGAUGUGUGCGGAAAGAUGUUCAGCCGGCCGUGGUUGCUGCAGGGCCACCUCCGGUCGCACACGGGCGAGAAGCCGUACGGAUGCGCGCAUUGCGGCAAAGCUUUUGCCGACCGCUCGAACCUGCGCGCGCACAUGCAGACCCACUCCGGCGACAAAAACUUUGCUUGCCCGCGAUGUUUCAAGUCGUUUGCUCUGAAGUCAUACCUGAACAAGCAUCUGGAGUCGGCCUGCUUGCCCGUCGCCACCGCCGCGGCCGCGCCUUCGUCUCCCUCAUCACUUACGUCGUCGUCUUCGUCAUCGUCUUCGUCUUCGUCAUCUUCGUCGUCGUCGUCGUCGUCGUCGUCGUCGUCGUCGGCCGCCGCCGCCGCCGCAGUCACCGCCGCUGCACAGUCACCAUCGCACCAACAACAACAUCACCCGCCCGCACAUUUGCAUCAUCUUCAACAGCAGCAUCACCAUCAUACGACUGCCGCCGAAAUCACCAAUCUCAACUUGUUGCGUCCAACGGUACUGCACACUGCCUGAACCGACGCGCACGAUGCGUGUCGAAAAUCCUGGUCAUUAUUGUAAAUUUUUUUUACUAUAUAAUAAUUAUUAUUUUCAUAACAUUAUAAUAUUAUCAUAUUCUGGUCGUACGUUAUAGUCAAUUUUUUCGGAAAUCUUUAAAAUCUAGUUCAUUUUUUUAUUAUUAUUAAACGGUUAGGGGUGGGGUUUAUAUAUUAUAAUUAUUAUAGUAUUAUAUUAUUUUCACAUACAGACACUAGUCACGAGUUUCUAGUCAAUUUCUAAUCCGUGGAUAAUAUUUAUAUGCUUAUAUACAAAAUAUUAUAUUAUUUACAUUUAUAUAUUUUUUUUAUUAUUAUUAUUUAUCG